GAAACAAAGUUGAAAAUUGUUACUGUACUAUAAUGACAGUAAUGUAACAGCUUGUAGUUUUAUUGCAAUUUUAUAAAUUUUUAAUUCUUUCAAAUUUUCAGCCAUUGUAUUUUCUGUUUUUAUCAGCAUAACUGUCAUGUUUUAUACAUGAGAAACCACAGAGAGAAUAAGUUACAUGCCCAAAAUCACAAGUAGUAGUAGAAAGUCCUACACUUUUUACUUUGGUUAAUUCUUUUUCUGUUUAUUGAAAUACAAUAGUAACUUUCAAAAAUCACUCCUUUAUUCAGUAUUUAUUAAGUGCUCAGUGAAUACGAUUUAAAAAUAAAGUCUAUGACAAGUGUAUAGAAUAAGGAGUAAUCUGAUUUGGCUGGAGGGCAAGGUAUUUGGGGGAAAGUAAAAUAAUUGAGAUCAGGGUAGAAAGGCAGUAAGGGAGUUAUAGACUCUUCUUGAACAAUGGAGUACAAUAAUGUGUGCAUAUUGGAUAUUUAACUAGGCAGAAAUGAAAAAAUUAGAAAAAUGAACAAAACUCUAAGUCUAAGUGAUAUUCAUGUUGUAAGGUAAGUAUUAAAAACUGGAAGGAGGAAACACAUUUGAGAACUGUUUUGGAAAUACAUUUUCAGGACUUGCUGGACUAAGAACAGUGCUUUGAGGGAGAGAGUAGAUGAUUCCUAAGUUUCAUACUGGAAUGCCUGGAAAAAUGUUGGACAAUUACAGAGGAUUAUUUGCUAGGAAAAGGUUUUUUAUUUUGGACAUGCUGUGGUUGAAAUCUCUACGGGACAUCCAGAUGGAAGAUGUGUGGCUAGCAGGCAAAUUGUAGAUGGAAAAGGGAGCUGAGGAGUGAAAGGGCUGGAGACCUAGGCAGAGAAAUUAUUUGUGUUGAGGGAAUAAUCGAUGUGGUAUCAUCAUUCCUUUUUUCCAGGUACCUUCAGUGCUUUGCAUAUGCAUAGCCUCAGUGUAUUUGAGUAAUGUGUGACAGAACUGUAUUCAGAUAGCUGUUGUAUGACUUAAAACUGUACAGCCUCAGUAAGAGUGGGCACUUCAGGAUUCAGAGGAGCCCAGCCUUAAGCAUGUCAACAUGAUUGGCAGGAAAACACUGGUUCUUCAGGCAGGCUAAUUUAGUUGUAAGAGCAGAAAGUGAGUAAAGUUAUAUAACCUCUCUGUGCUAGGUGUUGGUAUUAUGUCCCAACAACCCUGUGAAGUGUAAGGAGUGUUGUUCCCAUUUUACAAAUGAUAGAACAGAGGCUUACGAGAGGAUAAGUAAUAUUAGAGCAAGAAUUUGCACCUGAUCAGUGUUCCUUCCAUGCUAUUGGUCUUUUUACUGUGCCACACUUUGCUCUAUUUCCCAAUAAGACCUGUCAAAUAUUACUAUCAGGCUUAUGCUUAAGUAGGUUUUUAUUUUGGCAUCAUGGCUGCAUCUGGGACUGGCCAGACAGCUGCUGCUGCUUCGGAUUUAAAAUGUAAUUCAUUGCAUUCUGAUUAUGGGUGCCCAUUUAUCUGUAAUAAGAAAAUGUGUAUAAAAUGAGUAAAAACGAAAGUUGGAUCACAUGUUUUUGCUCAGGUGCAUACCUUUUGGAAUGCUUUCAAACACCAACAUUUGUUUAUUGUCUCAGAGAUCCCUGGAGGAAAAGAUACUAAAAUUACACAUUUUCAUAGCAUUCUAUUAGCUGAAAAUUGUCAACAUUUAUGACAUUACCAGGAAAACCACAAUCUAAUCCCAGUUUGCAUUGUUUUAAGUAGGCAGAAACAAGAUUGUAUAUUCUAAGAUACAAAGGCUUAUUUGUGCCAUGAAACUUCCUGUAAUAUUCAUGCCUGAAUAGAAGAAGGUACAUUUUCUUUUUUGUCUUUUAUUUAUAUUCUUGUAUACUGCUCAGCAAAAUCGAAGCAAGAAACAGCGUCUCAAAACUAUAGGGUAGUGUCAAAUACAGGAACGAUGUAAUUUCUCUGUGCUAUUUCUGUAGUAUUCAGAAUAGGAGAUACUUUAUUUUUCUCUUGAAAAGUGAUUUUAAAGUUUCUUGGCCAAUAUUCAGUGAAUCAUGAGAGACAAAAUUAAUGAAUAGCCUUCUAGCUAGAACUUCUUGUACAGCUGAAUUAUGUUUCUCAGUUGCCAUACGCCAUACACUUAAAGGAAGUUAACAUGCUUCCUUUCUUUAAUAUUGCUCUUUGUUCUUUGGGAAAAUGCCGUAAGAAAAUAGGAAGUACCCCUCUAGCAGUGUGUUUCAGUCUAAUUACUGACACUGACACCCUGUUCUGUUACUACCCCUUCUCCUUGCUAGCAGCCUGAAUUCUGCUUAUCUACUAAAAGAGGGAUUCCAAACAGACGAGGAAACAGCUUUCAAAUGAUAUACUAUAGGCGUACCAAGCUAUUCCCACACUGCGCAGUCUGGAAAUCAGGGGGCACCUCUUUGACGAUGAAUUCCAAUUAGUUGCUAAAGAUGCCAGUGUGUGUGCGUGUACAGGCGUUUUCUUUCCCCUCCCCCUUUCUUCCUUUUUCCAAGCCCCCUCUUCUCCCUGUUUCCCCUCCUACUCCUUUAUCCCCUCCCUCUGUGUCUCAGUUCUGCAGUAGGCAGGGUUGAAGCACAUUCCUGCUCUGCAAGGCUUUCUGUUAAGGAUGUAUUGUGGCUUUUGUUUGGAUUGCAGCAUGCAGAAUUACAGCUGUUCAGAGGAGACUCAUUACAACUCCUGCUGAAGCUCCUAAUCUUCUUCCCUUCUCUUCUGCCCUUUCCCCCUACCCUCACUUGGCCUGAAGACGUUGUCCCCAGAGUUUGCCUUACUCCCCUGGUGCUAUGUGUAUGAUGAACUUGGCAUUAUGGCCGCGUUUGGAACUGGCCAGACAACUGCUGCUGGCUCUCCUUAUUCCAAGAAGGAUUUAAAGGGGAAUUGCACUGCAGGCAAUGCACCACAGCAGCAGCAUCAGGAGCUUGGGGACUAAGGCUCCUCUGGCAUUAUUACAUACAUGCAAAGCUGACCGCAAUGACAGCGGCUGCUCCUUUGAACUGUUGGAAGCAGCCAAGCGGCAGCAUGAAGUGACAGAUCACUCCAGAGCUCAAGAUGAACUCCACCUUGGAUGGUAAUCAGAGCAGCCACCUUUUUUGCCUCUUGGCAUUUGGCUAUUUGGAAACUGUCAAUUUUUGCCUUUUGGAAGUAUUGAUUAUUGUCUUUCUAACUGUAUUGAUUAUUUCUGGCAACAUCAUUGUGAUUUUUGUAUUUCACUGUGCACCUUUGUUGAACCAUCACACCACAAGUUAUUUUAUCCAGACUAUGGCAUAUGCUGACCUUUUUGUUGGGAUGAGCUGCCUGGUCCCUUCUUUAUCACUCCUCCAUCACCCCCUUCCAGUAGAGGAGUCCUUGACUUGCCAGAUAUUUGGUUUCGUAGUAUCAGUUCUGAAGAGCGUCUCCAUGACUUCUCUGGCUUGUAUCAGCAUUGAUAGAUACAUUGCCAUUACUAAACCUUUAACCUAUAAUACCCUGGUUACACCCUGGAGACUACGCCUGUGUAUAUUCCUGAUUUGGCUGUACUCGACCCUGGUCUUCCUGCCUUCCUUUUUCCACUGGGGCAAACCUGGAUAUCAUGGAGAUGUGUUUCAGUGGUGUGCAGAGUCCUGGCACACCGACUCCUACUUCACCCUGUUCAUCGUGAUGAUGUUAUAUGCCCCAGCAGCCCUUAUUGUCUGCUUCACCUAUUUCAACAUCUUCCGCAUCUGCCAACAGCACACAGAGGAAAUCAGCAAAAGGCAAGCCCGCUUCAGCAGCCAGAGUGGGGAGACUGGGGAAGUGCAGGCCUGUCCUGAUAAGCGCUAUGCCAUGGUCCUAUUCCGAAUCACUAGUGUAUUUUACAUCCUCUGGUUGCCAUAUAUCAUCUACUUCUUGUUGGAAAGCUCCACUGGCCACAGCAAUCGCUUCGCAUCCUUCUUGACCACCUGGCUUGCUAUUAGUAACAGUUUCUGCAACUGUGUCAUUUAUAGUCUCUCCAACAGUGUAUUCCAAAGAGGACUAAAGCGCCUCUCAGGGGCCAUGUGUACUUCUUGUGCAAGUCAGACCACAGCCAACGACCCUUACACGGUUAGAAGCAAAGGCCCUCUUAAUGGAUGUCAUGUCUGAAGUGGCUCAGAUACGGAGUUCCCCUGUGUAUGUAUGUGUUUUAUCUCUAAGUAUUUCUAAUUCACUAGAAAAUCUGGGACAGAAUACUUUGACUCUAAGCAAUAGCAUACAAAUGGUUUGUAUGGAUACCUUCUAAGUUUGUAGAAAUGGUUUUCAAAAGUGCUUUUGAAGACUCAAGAUCAUGAAGACAAAUUGCUCUUGGUUCCAAUUUUUGAAAUGUUUUGGAAAUGACUACAGUUCUCAGAUUUAAAAUGAAUAAAGCCAUAUCUAACACCUCUCUCCAGCUGGCAUGACUGAACCUGGGUGUGAAAAGCAUCAGCAUUUUAAAAAGUCAUCAUUUUCUUGUCACUUUCUGGGUUCUUUCCAGCUAUUUGGGCUUCAUGUGCAAUUGAUUUCUUCUAACAGGGAGUAGUAAAACAUAAAUUAAGAAGUUUUAGAAAUUACUUUUUAUGUAUACUAAAGUAUAACUACACUGCAAGUUUCAACACUGUCAUUUAGAAAGCCAAAUGUUCUAUAUUUUAUUCUCUUGAGAGAAUUCUCAGUAGGGUGAAUAAUGUGAACAUAUAAACAUUAAUUUUAGAAUUCUACAGUGAACCAUGAAGCAAAAGUACAAUCAACUUAUACAGUUUAUGAAAAACUGAGCUAUUUUUUGUGCCAUGCUUCACAGAGAUCUAAAAAUAAGUGUGCAUAGAAGUGAUCAUGUUUGUAGUAUUUUUGCCCAUGCCUUUGUGUUAUGUCUAUAUUUAGAAUAUCUGAAUUGUUAGAUUUCUCUUUUAUAGCAAAAUGUGUUUAAAUAAGCUAAAAAGCAAUUGAUAGGCUGUUGGCUGUCGAUUUUAUACUGGUGACUAUAUAUAAAAAUGUGUUAUUAAUAUUCUCUGUUCUAUCCAAAGACUUCCAAAAUAUUAGAACAUCAGAGAGAAGGGUAUCUGCCAUAAGCAACUGAGUCAGAAAGUAUACUGUAGUAUACUGUUUGGUUUUUUUUUUUUUUAAAUAGAAGGGAGUUAAGACAUUUUCUUUGUGGUUAAAUGGAAUCAACUAAUUAUUUUGGAAAAGUAUUCUUUCAUUUAGUAUUAAGGAAUGCACAUAUGAAGAAGGGAAGGGGAAACUCUCUAAGUCUCUUACUGCUAUUCUCUUUCUGGAAAAAAAAAAAUCCUUUGGCAUACAGUUUUUAAUAGUCUUUUUUUCCCCUUCCAAAGUACUAGCAAAACCUACUUGAAUUUAUUCUUCUGUAAAAUUAUUAUUGAGAGUUAUGUGUUUGUAUGUACUAAUGAUGUUCAUUCUAUGACGUGAUUAUCUUUAGAGCAAGAGGUUUAUUUUUCUAAAAUGAGAGAAGGAAUUCCGGCAGCUCUAGGCAUGAGAGUAUUUCCUCUACUUUUGUGCUGGUUUUAAUGUUUUGAAAAUCUUAGGGGACUUACUUGAGCUCUCCCUUUGGUUAGAUGUUGUAAUCUGAAUGCCACAGUAGUGAUCAGUGAGAUGGAAGAUGGAAGAAACCCGGGGAACAUGGGUUAAAGUGGAUUUCUGAAUCCGAGAAAGGACUUGGGUCUUUAUAAAACAGGCAGAUAAGCUUUGGUUUUCCAUCAUGAUGCCAGUGUUCUUAGGAUUUUAGGCUUUAGACAUCAACUUGACUUUAACCUCAGUUGUGUUCUAUUUAAACUUUUUUAAGUGACUAAGCAUUAUAUAAAUAUUCAAACUUCAGAUUCUGGGUUUUUCCCAAAAGCUUGCUUGCUCUUUAUGUUUAGUGUUAGCAAAUUUUAUUCUAAGCUGUUUCAAAAUUUAGAACUCAUACUGAAAUCACAAGUUAUGUUAGAAAUGGCUUGGUUAAAUCGUCAUUUCAUGUGGGAAAACUAUUCUGUUGGAUUCUGAAAAAUCUUUGUAUUGUAUACAUCUCCCCUUUAAGUGAUACAGAUCUUAAAAAAACAAAAUUUACCUUUUUUUAGUAUGUUAGAGAAUGUAACCUGUUCAUAUUUGCAGUUUGCUUAUGAAUUUCUAGCUUAGAAAAUAUGGCAAUUUAAAACACUUAAUUUUUGUAGAAAAAUUUGUUAAAUUAUUAGGUUUGAUCUGAUUUUGUUGUGUGUAUAUGUGUUGGGGAAGAGGAGAUGCUCCUGGACGCAGUAAUGUCCUCUUCAGUGGCUGGGGGUGUUUUCUAUGUGAUAUGUUUGGAAAGUUCAUGUUUAACUGAUCUUUUCAUCCUGGAAUAUUUAAUGCAACAUUUGAUGACAUUUAGUUUAAAUACCAGACUUCAAAAGAAAGUAUAUUUUUACACUCAAUUACCUUGGUGUUGAUAGGAUAGCUCAUUUAACUUUAUAUGUGACUGAUAUCAGAGGAAACAUAUGCUUUUGGUGAUUAUGUUGAAAUUAUUUCAUGGUAAAUUUUAAACUAGGCUAAUGUUAUAUUUGUAAACUAGUUUCAGUGAAAGUGGUUUGUUUUUUGCCCCCUUCUUAGAGUAGAAAAGCAAUUACAAAUAAACUAGUAUGCUCUACUCUAGUGAGAGCAUGAUCUUAACACGAGAAUGGAUAUUUACAAUUUUUCAUCAGCCUGUUGACUCUUACCCAAAAUUUCAUUUUGGAAAAGAUUUUCUUUAAGCUUUAUUGCUGGAUAAAUUCUUUUCAGGCCUUUUAUGAUGGCUUUUCCUUUUUACUUGAAUAAUAGUCUCAGUAUUUUAAGGAUUGGGAAAACUUGAAUUUUUGUACCAUAAAUGCAUUGUCCACCUCCUUGAACUUGAAAAUGAAGCAACAGGGUUAUAGACUCCCAGAUGGUGGAGUGGUUUCUGGGAGGGUUUUUCUUCAGCUUUUCAGGUUUGUUUGAAAAAUCUGCACAGUGACUUGGUAUAGGAAUUAUCUUAAUUUCUCUGACUGUAUUUUUGUUUCAUAAGUGGUUCAUGAAAUAAAUUAUCAGCAAGCCAGAAUUUAUUGUUAUAUGAGCAAAGUUUGGGAAGAUUAAGAAUGGGAAAUUUGUGGCAUUGAGAUUUUUUUAAAGUCCUCAUAAAUCAUUUUGUGUGUUGAUUUUUGUAUAAUUUUUUCAUUUCGGGUAGAAGAAAAACUAAAUAUAAGUAUUUAUAUUAAAUUUAGAUAUUAUUAUUAUGUUGCAGACCUUGGAAAUAUUGUAGACAUUUCUCAUGGCUGUAAACAAGUCAUUUGGCCUUUCUUUAAAAUUUGCGUGACAAAAGGGCAUCCUAUAGUAAAAAUGAAGUUGGAACUGAGAAUUUUAAAAUGUAGGUUUCUGUUUUUAAGUAGUUUUGUAAAUGAGGACAAGUCACUUCUCUAAGCACUUAAUUUCUUGUGAAAGGAAGUAUUGAUCCUUCAUACCUCAUACUGUUAGUUCGAGGAUUGAGUUAAAUAAUGGAUGUGAAAGUACUUUGUAAAUCAUAAAGUGCUUUGCAAAUAAAAAUGAUUGCUAUUAUUUGUA